ACUGUUGCCAACAAUUUUUGAUACAAACAUAUUUGACCUGAUGGAGGGAUGUAGCAGUGAGAUGGCAGCCUUCUCCCAGAACAUGCUGACAGUCAGCAUGUUACUGAGUGUCUUCUUACUUUCAGGAGUUCAGACUGGAUGUACUGACAAGAACCCAAACCUGAAAAUUACUGCACCAGAGGAGAUGGAAGCUCUGAGUGGAUCCUGUUUGCUAAUCCCAUGUAGCUUUAGAGAAAUACCAGAGAAACCAGGAGAAAAGUUUGACAACAGCAGAGAAAUAUUUGGAGUUUGGAUUAAAAGUGUUUCAGCAUUUGAAAAUAAUAAGAAAAAUGUGAUUUACAACAGCAGUCAGUCUCAAAACAGCUAUGCAGUGAACAUUUCUGGAAACCUGAGAGAGAAGAACUGCACCAGUGUGUUUUCUAAUGUAAAGUCAAAUCAAACAGACAAAUACUUCUUCAGGAUGGAGAACUGGCCGUUCAGAGCAACAGCUAAAUGUGAUCCUGUUAAUAUAACAGUUAGAGAUUCUGCUUGGAGCCCCAGGAUUGAAAUCUCAGGUGACAUGAAGGAGAAGAACUCUGUCACCGUAACGUGCUCAGCUCUCACUCCCUGUCCACAAUCACCUCCUGGACUCACCUUGAACCUCCAACCAAACCCUCACAGACAGAUGGAGAGGAACAAAGAUGGAACGUUUACAACUACAAUCCAGCAGAACAUCACUCUGUCAGAGAUCCACGAUGGAUACAACAUCACCUGCUCUGCCAGAUAUCCUGUGAAAGGAGGAAAAAACAAGACAGCAAAUACAAAAGUGACUCUCAGUGUUUCCUAUGCUCCCAAAGAAACCUCAGCAGCUAGAUGGAUGGAGCUGAACUGCUCCAGCAGAGUCAAUCCUCCCAUCAGCUGCUUCACCUGGGUUAAAAACAGCAAACAUACAGCCAUGAUAGUAGCUGAAGGAGACGUCAGAUUAACCGUCUAUGAGGAAGAAACCCACUGCUAUAAUCGACAGUUUUGGGAUCAUGUCUACAUUGCAGUAAAGAUCCUGGGUCUUGUGACUCUCUGCUGUUUGACGAUCAUCGUAGAGUGUUGGUCUAGAUCAGUAUUGACCAACAAACAAAAGAAGGACGCAGAAGAAGCAGAUGACAACAACAGAGUGACGGAGAUCUGA